UGAUAUUCUUUCAGGAUGAAGAUUUUAGUGUUUAUCGCAUUUACCUCUAUGUAUUCAAUUGUAAACAUGAGUUCUACUUGGGACUGUCCUAUUGGUUGGUUUGAUUAUAAAGAUGAUUGCUACUUUUUCAGUAGUUCCCCUAAGAAAAAUUGGAAGCAUGCUCUUUUAUCAUGUCAAAAAUAUGAAGGAAACUUAUUAAGUAUAGAAGAUGAAAACGAAAAUGAGUUUAUUUUAAAUUUCCUUAAAAAUGGCAGUGUGAAUCAUCUCUGGAUUGGUCUUAAAGCUCUUCCAAGAAAAUAUGUGUGGUCAGAUAAUACAUCUUUGUUAUUUUUAAAUUGGAGUAAUAAUGAACCAAAUAAUAUUGGAGGAAUAGAAAACUGCGUGGAAAUAUCAACUGAUGGUUGGAAUGACAAUGAUUGCAAUAAUAGUUUUGGGUUUAUUUGUAAAACUAAAAUGAGUCAUGUUAACUGUAGUAAUGGUUUCAGAGAUUAUUGCUACUUUUUCAGCAGUACAGAUGCAACAUUUGUAGCACAAAACUGGAAUGAUUCUCUUUCAUUAUGUCAAAAUUAUGGAGGGAAUCUGUUAAGUAUAUCAGAUGAAGCAGAAAAUUCAUUUAUUUUAAAUUUCAUUAAGAAUGACAGCUUGAAGGAAAAGCAUUUUUGGAUUGGUCUAUAUGCUCUUCAGAGAACAUUUGCUUGGUCGGAUAAUUCAUCUUCUGCGUUUUCAAGUUGGUCAGAUGGUCAACCAGAUAAUAGUAAUGGAACGCAGGAUUGCGUAGUAAUAUCUCAAAAAGGUUGGAAUGACAAAACUUGCACGCAUAAUUAUGGAUUUAUUUGUAAAGUUAAAAAAGUUUCAUUACUUAAACCUGCUUCUAGUCAAAUCUUUCCUCAAGCUUCUGAUAAUAGAAAUGAAGUGGUUGUCGCAGUAUUAGUAACUUUUUUAGUUCUUCUCUCCAUACUCUCUGUUUUUAUUGCAUUAAGAGUUUACAAGAAAAAAGUAAAAUGUCAAAAAUCAAAGCAAUUUAAUUCCUUCAUAAAAGAGUUUGACAUGGAUUUUGAAAAACUAUCAGUUGAUGAUUGGGAAAUUUUUCCUGAAAACUUUGUUUUAAAUGAAAAAGUUGGUGAAGGUGCAUUUGGCACAGUCUUUAUUGCAAAAAUAAGUCAUAAGAUUCUUCCUAAAAGAUUUAAGACAUACUAUAAGUAUAGCAAUGUUUCACUUGAUAUUAAAGAGGAUUAUGCUGUUAAUGUUGCAGUAAAACUUUUAAAAGAUUCUGCUGAUCCAUCAGAAUAUAAUGAUUUUUGUGAAGAAAUAAAUCUAAUGAAAGGAAUUGGAUAUCAUAAAAAUAUUUUGAAUAUGAUUGGUUGUUCAACAAUAAAAAAACCUUUGUGCUUAAUUGUUGAGUUCAUGGAGAAUGGAGAUUUACUCAGUUUUUUGAGAAAAAGACGUAACAAACUUUUUGCAUCAAAAGUUGACGGAGAGUGCAAAGUUGACACAAAAGUUGAUGGAGAGUGCAAAGUUGACACAAAAGUUGAUGGAGAGUGCAAAGUUAACAGAGCUGCAAGUUUUAUCUACACACAGAAUUAUCAAAACACUUUAGAGACAAUUAUUAGUGAAAAUUAUUCUUCAGAAGUUAUGCCAAAUGAGAUUCCCCUGGAUGAAAUUGGAGUGAUAACUCCAGAAGAUUUGCUUUCUUUUGCAUGGCAAGUGGCUUCGGGAAUGGAAUAUCUUUCAUGUAUAAAACUUGUACACAGAGACCUUGCUGCAAGAAAUAUAUUGGUUGGUGCUGAAAAAAAUAUAAAAAUCUCUGAUUUUGGCCUAACACGUAAAGUCAACGAUGAAUUAAAUUAUGUAGGCAGAAAAAAUCGUCGUUUACCGGUUAAGUGGAUGUCUGUUGAAGCCAUCUUUGAUCAAACAUUUACAUCAUACAGUGAUGUAUGGGCUUAUGGAGUUGUUUUAUUCGAAAUUGUUACGUUAGGAGGUACACCAUAUCCAUCAAUAAAUAACCGUGAACUUCUUGCUCUUUUAAAAUCUGGGUACAGAAUGGAUCGACCAGAAAACUGUUCUGGGCUCAUGUAUGACAUUAUGUUGCACUGUUGGAAUGAAGAUCCAUUAAAGAGACCAACAUUUACUGAGAUUCGUGAGCAUCUUGAUGCAAUAAUAUCUCAAAGUGAUUCCUAUUUCAACUUUGAAAUUGAUGAAAAGAAUAUCUAUUAUAACGUAGCUUCGUUUAACAGUCUUUCAUCUGAAACAGAUAUGGCGCUUGAAGAAGAAACCUUACAAGAUUCCGUGCAUGUUGAAUCAAAUAAAGAUGUUGAAAUAGCUAACGAAACUAACGAAAUGCCAUUAACCGAACCAUAAUUUUCUUUGUCGAAUGAAAGAUUUGUAAACUCAGAAUUUUCUGAACCUGACAUUAAGAUCUCUUCAUCUGCCGGUUUGAUUAAUUAUGCAUAUCAUGAAGCAAUGUCAGAGAUUUAAUAAUACCUAAUGGUUCUAGUUUAAAAUCUUAGAUUGUUAUAUAAUCUGAUCGUAAUUUUUUCAUCAAUUUCUAAAAUUUCGCUAAGUGAUAGAGGAUCAAAAAAUGCUCGUCAGCAUUUCUGCUAUUAUUAGUUCCUGAUCCGUCAGCUCUUGGCUCAUCAACUCUGGAAAAACAUGCUUCAAACAUCCUAUCAUGAAUAAUUUUUUUCCUCUGUAAAUAUUGAUCUUUUAAAACCUUUUUUAUUUUCUAAGUUUUUAUUUUAAUUCUAUAUGAAAUAUGUAAAAUAAAUUUAAAACCCUAAUCCAAGCAUGUAGUGGUGAACUGCUAUCGCACAAUUCCUGCCCAUCUGUAACAAAGUCUUCCUUAAAGAUUUCCAAAUCGCUUAUUUAAUGAUUCCUAAUGGUUCAGGUAGUAAUUAUGAAAUAAAAUACGCAACUAUAUAUAAAUAAAUUGAUAAACUAAAA